UUAUAAAGUUGACGUUCUAAAGCCUACAGUUCAAACCGAUUUGAUCAGAUUUGUAUAUGCCUAUAUCUUCUCAUUUAAAUUAUAUCGUGAACUGGAUUAUUAUGCCAAGAUAAACGAUAUAGUUUGUUAUUUUAGCGUGUGUGAAUGAAUAAAGUUUCGGAGCGCUCGACCGAACGACGUUGUUGACAGAAAUGAUGACAUAGAAUUAUCCAGUCGGCAAAUUCCGCUAAGCUGCACAAUUAUGGCAUCCAAUGAGCGUUCUCAAGCGAUAAAGAGGAGGAAGAGCAGCAUGGAUGAGCCCCCUUAUUUGGCAGGCGAUGCAGAGUUUAGAGUCCUUCUCUUUGGGAGAAGUGGCCGCAGUCAAUUUUCUCUGGCAAACUUCAUUCUGGGGACAGAUGUGUUCAGCGAUGAGCUCUGCAACAUUACAGAGAGUCAGAAACACAGGAACGAGGCGUUCGAGAGAAAACUAGCUGUGGUCAACACUCCAAACCUCUCUGAGUACGAGGCAUCCCAGAAAGAGCUGAGAAGAGUGUUCAAGUUGUCUGUGUGUAUGUCCUCUCCUGGUCCCUACGUCGUUCUCUUUGCAUUCGACCUGAACAACAUCUCACCAAGUGCAGCAGGCUUCCUGGAACUCGUCACAAAGCAUUUUGGGGACAGCAUCUUGAACCACAUGAUGGUUGUGGUGUGUCAUGAAGAGGAGAAGGAGGAUUCAGCUCUUGAGGAGAAAGUCAAGACUAACAGAGACUUCAGGGAGCUCAUUGAGAAGUGUGGCGGAAGGUAUCACCUCUUCAAUGAGAGGAAGGCCCGGAGAGAUGAGGUUUCCAGACAGCUCCUGGAGAAGAUGGACGACAUGGUGAGGGAAAACGGAUGCAGAUUCUACUCCAAUCACCAAUACCAGGAAGCAGAGGAGAGAAUCCAAAAAGAGGAGCGUUUCAUGAUGAAAGGAAAGAAAGAGAUGCUGACAAAGAGGAAGGAGCUGGAGAGCAGGUACACAGGUGAAGGACUUGAAAAGGAGCUGCUGCAGUUUGAGACAAGGAUAAGAGUAGAGAACCGAGCAAAGAGGAAGGAGCUGGAGAGCAGGUACACAGGUGAAGGACUUGAAAAGGAGCUGCUGCAGUUUGAGACAAGGAUAAGAGUAGAGAACCGAGCAAAGAGGAAGGAGCUGGAGAGCAGGUACACAGGUGAAGGACUUGAAAAGGAGCUGCUGCAGUUUGAGACAAGGAUAAGAGUAGAGAACCGAGCAAAGAGGAAGGAGCUGGAGAGCAGGUACACAGGUGAAGGACUUGAAAAGGAGCUGCUGCAGUUUGAGACAAGGAUAAGAGUAGAGAACCGAGCAAAGAGGAAGGAGCUGGAGAGCAGGUACACAGGUGAAGGACUUGAAAAGGAGCUGCUGCAGUUUGAGACAAGGAUAAGAGUAGAGAACCGAGCAAAGAGGAAGGAGCUGGAGAGCAGGUACACAGGUGAAGGACUUGAAAAGGAGCUGCUGCAGUUUGAGACAAGGAUAAGAGUAGAGAACCGAGCAAAGAGGAAGGAGCUGGAGAGCAGGUACACAGGUGAAGGACUUGAAAAGGAGCUGCUGCAGUUUGAGACAAGGAUAAGAGUAGAGAACCGAGCAAAGAGGAAGGAGCUGGAGAGCAGGUACACAGGUGAAGGACUUGAAAAGGAGCUGCUGCAGUUUGAGACAAGGAUAAGAGUAGAGAACCGAGCAAAGAGGAAGGAGCUGGAGAGCAGGUACACAGGUGAAGGACUUGAAAAGGAGCUGCUGCAGUUUGAGACAAGGAUAAGAGUAGAGAACCGAGCAAAGAGGAAGGAGCUGGAGAGCAGGUACACAGGUGAAGGACUUGAAAAGGAGCUGCUGCAGUUUGAGACAAGGAUAAGAGUAGAGAACCGAGCAAAGAGGAAGGAGCUGGAGAGCAGGUACACAGGUGAAGGACUUGAAAAGGAGCUGCUGCAGUUUGAGACAAGGAUAAGAGUAGAGAACCGAGCAAAGAGGAAGGAGCUGGAGAGCAGGUACACAGGUGAAGGACUUGAAAAGGAGCUGCUGCAGUUUGAGACAAGGAUAAGAGUAGAGAACCGAGCAAAGAGGAAGGAGCUGGAGAGCAGGUACACAGGUGAAGGACUUGAAAAUGAGCUGCUGCAGUUUGAGACAAGGAUAAGAGUAGAGAACCGAGCAAAGAGGAAGGAGCUGGAGAGCAGGUACACAGGUGAAGGACUUGAAAAGGAGCUGCUGCAGUUUGAGCCAAGGAUAAGAGUAGAGAACCGAGCAAAGAGGAAGGAGCUGGAGAGCAGGUACACAGGUGAAGGACUUGAAAAGGAGCUGCUGCAGUUUGAGACAAGGAUAAGAGUAGAGAACCGAGCAAAGAGGAAGGAGCUGGAGAGCAGGUACACAGGUGAAGGACUUGAAAAGGAGCUGCUGCAGUUUGAGACAAGGAUAAGAGUAGAGAACCGAGCAAAGAGGAAGGAGCUGGAGAGCAGGUACACAGGUGAAGGACUUGAAAAGGAGCUGCUGCAGUUUGAGUCAAGGAUAAGAGUAGAGAACCGAGCAAAGAGGAAGGAGCUGGAGAGCAGGUACACAGGUGAAGGACUUGAAAAGGAGCUGCUGCAGUUUGAGUCAAGGAUAAGAAGGGGGAACACUUUGACCGUGACACCUGCUGUGCCUGUAUGUCCAGAGGGGGAACACUUUGACCGUGACACCUGCUGUGCCUGGUCAUCCGUGGGAAAAUCAACAUGUGACAGAGAAGGACUCAUCAUCAUCAUCAUCAUCAUCAUCAUCACAUGA